GGAUGUCCCAGCACUCGCCAGACCUCCACUCCCACACCACUGGACUACUACAGACACCACAGACAGACACACCAGGGACGCAACUGGACUCUACUACAGACACCACAGACAGACACACCAGGGACGCAACUGGACUCUACUACAGACACGAUAGAGAAGAAGUGAAAAGAGAGAAUAGAGAGAGAGAAAGAGAAGGAGAGAGGGAGAGAAGGAGAGAGGGAGAGAAGGAGAGAGGGAGUGCUUCAGAGCCCUGUGCUGCUGCCAGAAGACCCGCUGCUCCUCCAGACUCAGCUCCAGAGCCACAGACCUCACCGAGAGACCGACAACAAGCUCAUCCCUCAUCCCUCUCUCUCACACACACAGACACACACACACCCUUACACACACACACACACACACAACACGUUCACAAACUUUAGAGAAGAAAGAACAGCAGAAGAGAGAAGACCAUCCACACUCUCCAUCUAAACAGACCAGAGUCCUGCUUCCUGAGUCCAGAGUCCUGAGUCCAGCUUCCUGAGUCCUGCUACCUGAGUGCUGCUUCCUGAGUGCUUCUUCCAGAGUUCUGCUUCCUGAGUCCUGAGUCCUGCUUCCUGAUUCCUGCUACCUGCAUCCCUGUCUCUCUGAGCUAAAAUGGGUGAUUGGAGCCUGCUGGGGAACAUUCUAGAGGAGGUGCAGGAGAACUCCACCUCAGUGGGCAAGGUGUGGCUGACCGUGCUCUUCAUCUUCCGCAUACUGGUGCUGGGCACGGCAGCCGAGUCCAGCUGGGGCGAUGAGCAGUCCGACUUCAUGUGCGACACACUGCAGCCGGGUUGUGAGAACGUCUGCUACGACGCCGCCUUUCCCAUCGCCCACAUCCGCUACUGGGUUCUGCAGAUCGUCUUCGUGUCCACGCCCUCACUCAUCUACAUGGGCCACGCCAUGCACUCCGUACGCAUGGAGGAGAAGAGGAGGCGCAAAGAGCAGGAGGAGAGGGAGAGAGACACUGAUGAUGACCAAGCAGGAGGAGGUGGAGGGAAGGGAGGUGAGAAGGAGUACCUACAGCAGAAGUACGAGCAGGGAGGAGGAGGAGGAGGUGUGCCGGAGGGUUCCAGAAAGAUCCAGCUGCGGGGGGCGUUACUGCAGACGUACGUGCUGAGCAUCCUGAUCCGCACGGUGAUGGAGGUGGGCUUCAUCGUGGUGCAGUACCUCAUGUACGGCAUCUUCCUGAAGGCGGAGUACAAGUGCACCACGCUGCCCUGCAAGAACAUGGUGGACUGCUACAUGUCACGGCCCACUGAGAAGAACAUCUUCAUCGUGUUCAUGCUGGCCGUGGCCGGCGUCUCGCUCUUCCUCAGCGUGCUGGAGCUCCAACACCUGGGCUGGAAGCAGCUCAAGGGCUGCCUCAGGAGCUACGCUGCCAAGCAGGCCCUCCACAGCACCAACACUAACAGUGUGGACACACCCCCCUCCCACCCUUCUCCCGGUUACACACCCCCUCCAGACUUCCACCAGUGCCUGGCAGCACUCGGGUCCCUGCCCCACACACACACACACACACUCGGGUCCCUGCCCCCCUCCUGCCAGCCCUUCAGCACGAGCCUGGCUCUUCAGCAGAACUCUGCCAACAUGGCCACCGAGAGACAAAUGGAGCCCACGCACACACCCGACUUCCUGCGCAUGACCUACCAGCAGCCAAUCAGCAAUGGCCUGCCCAGAGGCCUGCCCAAUGGCUGCCCUUCCCCGGGAUCCAGUCCCGCCCCCAGCCCCGCCCUGCUCCAUGCGGCUCUGCUGAAGGACAAGCGGCGUCUCAGCAAGACCAGCGCUUCCAGCAGCGGACGUGUGCGACAGGACGACCUGGCUGUGUGACACACACACACAUGCUUGCACUGCACACAUACACUCACACACACUACACACAAACACACAUAAACCAAAACACAUAAACUUUCUGAGCAACAGAGAGACGAUUCAGAUGAGAUGGGAUCAUCGGCAUCACUGUUAGAUCUUAGCAUUAGCUGUUAGCAUUAGCUGUUUGCGUGGGUUCCAUUAACAUAUAGCCCCGCUAUUUGGAAGUUUAGUAGCAGCUCUCUCUUAGUAGAUACUGAGAUACAGUUGAGAAUAAUAACAGUCUUCAUUUCCAGUAGAUUAAGUCAGCAUCACCUCUGUUUUCUCUGAGAUAACCAGAGAAAUCUCACAUUAUUCAUUUCCAGCUUCCUGAUAUAUUUUUCCAAAAACAUACAAAAGACAAAAACGUUUGAGCCACUGGCAUCAGGAGCCAAGACGGACAGAACUCUCAGUCUGUCACACUGCUGCACCUCUCCUUUGGUUGGACAAAACUAGGUGUACGUGUGUAAGUGUCUCUGUGUGUGUGUGUGUGUGUGUGUGUGUGUGUUUGGAGAGCUGGUAGACACACACUUGAGACUGUAUGGACGGGAUAAACCCCAAAUGUGUUUAAACUAUUCGCCAGUGACCAUGCGUUUGAGACUGUCAUGAUAGGGCCAUUCAUUUUCAUAGUAGUGAGUUUGUUCAUCGAGAACUCUCUAAAGCCUUGAAGCAUGAUGUAGAUGCACAACAUACGGGAGCUUUAUGACUCCAUGUUUAUGUCUCUGUGUUUGUUUGUUUGUUUGUUGUUUUGUUUACUAUCAAAAUUCCUAUCUGUCUAUCUGUCUUAUGACACGCAUCUUCCUCAUCAGCCUCCACCAGGCUACUUCAGCAACAUGACACGCGUCUUCCUCUUCAGCCUCCACUAGGCUACUACAGCAAUAUGACACGCAUUUUCCUCAUCAGCCUCCGCUAGGCUACUUCAGCAAUAGGGUUGGGUAUCGUUUGAGUUUUCUCCGA